UCCACAGCCUACAGAUUUUUCACUAAUUUAGCUUCAAAAUAAUGUAAAAUAAACAUAGUAAUUACCCAAAUAAUAACUAUUUCCCCAAUCUUCCUCCUAUUCAAUUUAUUUUCAGAAUAUUUUUUUCAAAAAUAUCAAUAGAUUAAAUACAAAAAUAGAAAAUGACCUUAGCUCCUCCAACCAACCUAUUCUCUGCCUUAAAUAUGUGGCCAGACUCAACGGCUGGCCCUUCUUUGGUCCUCAGCCGUUAGCAGUUUGGCAAAGUUAAGCUAUACAAUUCCGUGAUUCCAGGAAGCUACAAUUUUGUUCCCAAAAAAGAGGGGAAAGCAAUGACGGUAAGAAGAAAGAGGAAGAGAGGAAAAAAAAGACAGAUCUUAUCUUCUUCUCCUCUUUGUUCUCCCUUCAUACCAUCAUUCAUCUCCUACAAUGCAGGCAUAAAGAACAAGCGAACGAAGUCAUUACAGGUGGCCUGUGGUCGAUAAGCGUACCUUUGCAGCUCAGUCUCUUGUGGUCGGAGCUGAUGGGCGACCGAAGCCCUGUAUCAGAAAUCUGCCCAACUGCGGUGGCCAUCGACAAGGACAAGAACAGCCAGCAUGCCGUGAAAUGGGCCGUUGAUCAUCUCAUUAAAACAAGGAUUGUUGUUCUCAUUCAUGUCCGGAGCAAAUCCUCUAGUAGGUACCCUUCCUCUUUCAUUUUGUACAAUAUUAACACAAUUUUACCAAAGCCUAAGAUCAAUAUAGCUCUUCUCUUUAAGACGGAAGCUGGGCCGGAAACCACAAGAGAUCAAGCAGAUGAAGAAGUAAAUCAGCUGUUUCUCCCUUAUAGGGGGUUUACUGCUCGCAAAGGGAUGCAGCUAAAGGAGGUAGUCCUGGAGGGUGCUGAUAUUUCUAAGGCCAUAGUUGAUUACAUCAAUGCCAGCUCCAUCCAAAACAUAGUCGUUGGGGCUUCAAAUAGGAGCAUCAUGAAAAAACUCAGAAGUUUUGAUGUCCCAAGUAGCCUGAUGAAAUCAGCACCAGACUUCUGUGCUGUGUAUGUCCUUUCCAAAGGGAAAACAACUAGCAUCCGAGCAGCAAGAAACUCAACUCCUAACGUUAUUCCACCAAGGCAAUUGAGCAUCACAGCAACUUCACUAGUCCUACCUGACCAGGAAGAUUCAAGCAGUAGAUCAUCAUAUUCAAGGAGGAGCUGGAGAGUUUCAGGUCCACCAACCCCCUUGCAUGAAAGGACAGAACGAAGAUCAAUAGAUCUUAUGCCUGAUUAUCUGAAUACUUCUGCAAGAGAUAGGCCACUUUCCAUAGCUCGUUCAGCACCGCCACCCAACAAUCUGUUCAUGGAGAAGCUCGAUUUUGCUAACCUGUCUGGAAGUUCUGUUGAUUAUGGAAGCUCAUUUUCAGAUGACAUUGAUAUACAAGGACACAGCUUCCAAUCAAUGAACAUUGGAAAUUCUCUUGAAUUUUCUUCAGCCUCUGUUGAUAGUCCUACAAGCAAACGACACUCAGUUACUGGUGUGAAUCGAGAACUUGAGGCUGAAAUGAGAAGGCUGAAACUUGAGCUAAAGCAAACAAUGGAGAUGUAUAGCAAUGCCUGCAAAGAAGCUGUAACAGCUAAACAGAAGGCAAUGGAGCUUCAACAAUGGAAAAUUGAAGAAGCCCAAAAGUUUGAGGAAUUAAGACAUGCAGAAGAAGCAGCUCUUGCUAUGGCUGAAAUGGAGAAAGUAAAAUGUAGAGCUGCCGUUGAAGCAGCUGAAACUGCACGAAAGAUUGCUGAGCUCGAAGCACAUAAGAGACAAAAUGCAGAAAGGAAAGCUAGGCAUGAGGCUGAAGAAAAGAAGAAAGCAUUGGAUGCACUAACUCAAACUGACACCCGCUACAGGAGAUACACCAUUGAUGAGAUUAAAGCAGCAACUAAUGACUUCACUGCAGAAAAUAAGAUUGGUGAAGGUGGCUAUGGACCUGUGUACAAGGCAUAUCUGGAUCAUACACCAGUUGCCAUUAAGGUCUUAAGAGCAGAAGCAGCACAGGGAAGAAAACAAUUCCAACAAGAGGUUGAAGUCUUGAGCUGCAUCCGUCAUCCUAACAUGGUCUUACUACUUGGCGCCUGCCCUGAGAAUGGAUGCUUAGUGUACGAGUUCAUGGACAAUGGGAGCUUAGAUGACAGGCUCUUCCGAAAAGGAAACACCCCACCAAUUCCAUGGAGCACAAGAUUCAAAAUUGCAGCUGAAAUAGCUACUGCACUCUUGUUCCUCCAUCAGGCAAAACCUGAGCCGCUGGUCCACCGUGAUCUAAAGCCAGCAAAUAUCCUUCUAGACCGAAACUAUGUCAGCAAGAUCAGCGAUGUCGGUCUAGCAAGGCUUGUGCCACCAUGUGUGGCUGACACUGUAACACAGUACCACAUGACAUCAACUGCAGGAACAUUCUGCUAUAUCGACCCUGAGUACCAACAAACUGGGAUGCUCGGCGUCAAGUCUGAUAUUUACUCUCUAGGAAUAAUGCUGCUUCAGAUGAUAACGGCUAAGCCUCCAAUGGGCCUCACCCACCAUGUGGAGAGGGCAAUUGAGAAAGGAACAUUUGCAAGGCUUCUUGAUCCAGCAAUAACUGAUUGGCCAGUAGAAGAUGCACUUUCCUAUGCUAAGCUUGCCUUGAAAUGUGCUGAACUGAGGAGAAAGGACCGGCCUGAUCUUGCAACAGUAGUCUUGCCAGAGCUGAACAAACUAAGAAAACUUGGACGCGACCAUGAAGCUAACAGACGACAUAAAGGAAAAAGCUGCAGGACUGGCAGCAAUUUCAGCACUCCACCAAGGCCACAUAGCAACAACAAUUCACAGCCACGGACAGGGCCACUCAUGCAGCAGGUAGUUGACUCGGGCUUCGUUUCGGAUGUCUUUCUUACUGCUUCCUAAAGCAGCUUUUUAGUAAAAAAU